AUGAACGCAUUCCUCAUCCUUAAGGAUGGCCCGACUUUUAGGGGUUUGCACUUCGGAUACGACAAGUCUAUUGCCGGCGAAAUCGUUUUCCAGACAGGAAUGGUUGGAUAUGUCGAGUCAUUAACCGACCCGUCAUAUCACAGACAGAUUCUUGUGCUCACAUAUCCUUUGAUUGGAAAUUAUGGCGUUUCCGAUGUCGGAGACACCGAUGAGUUGGGACUACCGAAGUGGUUUGAAUCGUAUAAGAUUUGGCCAAUUGGUCUCAUUGUCGGCGAGUUGUCUAUGGAUUAUAGCCAUUGGAAUGCAAAACAAUCGUUAGAUCAGUAUUUGAAAGAUAAUUCUGUGCCCGGAAUUCAAGGCAUUGACACCAGAGAACUGACUAAAUAUUUGCGAAACAAAGGCAGUUGUCUCGCAAAGAUUGUUAUCAAAGACAUUGAAAUACAGAAGUCUUUGUCCUUCAAUGAUCCCAAUUUAGAUAAUCUCGUCGAAGAGGUCUCCACUAAAGAGACAAAAGUUUAUAAUGAGAAAGGAUUCCCAAGAAUACUAGCCAUUGAUUGCGGUAUAAAAUACAACCAAAUCCGAUGUUUGGCGGCAAGAGGUGCUCGGGUGGAAGUGGUUCGUUGGGACUACCCGUUCGCCAAACACACCAACAAUUUUGACGCUAUAUUCUUAAGCAACGGACCGGGAGAUCCUAACAAAUGCAUUUCAACGGUUGAAAACAUUAAGCAAAUCAUCGACAGAAAAGAUGUGUUGUGUCCUGUAUUUGGAAUAUGUUUGGGACAUCAGUUGUUGGCCAGAGCUGCCGGUGCGUCCACUUAUAAGAUGCCGUAUGGAAAUAGAGGUCACAACCAACCGGCGCUCUUCUUGGAUACAAUAAACUGUUGCAUAACAUCACAAAAUCAUGGCUUUGCUGUCGAUGUGAACUCAUUCCCGAAGAACGAGUGGAUUCCGUUGUUUACGAAUGCAAACGAUAAAAGCAAUGAAGGAAUCGCUCAUAAAUGCAAACCAUAUUUCAGUGUCCAGUUUCAUCCGGAACACACCGCUGGUCCCGAAGACAUGGAGUUUCUUUUCGAUAUCUUUUUAGAUAUUAUUAAAUCACAUUUGAAAGGAAAUAAUGAGACAUCAGUUGCCAAUAGGAUUAGUAAAUGCUUUCAAACAAACAUAUCAUUUCCGGUCGAAGAGAAGUUCAUGAAAAAUCCCAAUAAAGUAUUGAUUUUGGGUUCUGGAGGGCUGUCUAUAGGACAGGCCGGAGAAUUUGAUUACUCGGGUUCUCAAGCCAUCAAAGCACUGAAGGAGCAAAAGGUGCAGACAGUCCUCAUAAAUCCAAAUAUUGCAACCGUUCAGACAACCCCUGGUUUGGCCGAUAAGGUAUACUUUCUUCCCAUUACAUCAGACUAUGUUCAAGAAGUGAUUCGAUGCGAAAGACCCGACAGUAUUCUUCUCAUGUUUGGCGGACAAACGGCUCUCAAUUGUGGCAUUGAGUUGGAAAAGAGUGGAGUUUUAUCAGAAUAUAAUGUCGAAGUGUUGGGAACACCUAUUAGUUCUAUCAUUGAUUCUGAAGAUAGAGAGAAAUUCUCCCAAAAAGUGGCUGAAGUUGGAGGAGAAGUAGCCCCGAGUCGGGCCGCAUAUUCAGUAGAAGAGGCCCUCGUGUUUGCCAAAGAACUGGGUUAUCCUAUACUUGUCAGAUCUGCUUAUGCUUUGGGAGGCUUUGGCUCUGGAUUCGCAAACACUCCCGAAGAGCUUAAAAAGAUUGUGAACCAAGCAUUGGUUAAUUCAACUCAAGUUCUUCUGGACAAAAGUCUGAAGGGAUGGAAAGAAGUGGAGUACGAAGUGUUGAGAGAUGCCUACGAUAACUGUAUUACUGUCUGUAAUAUGGAAAACGUGGACCCAUUGGGCAUUCAUACGGGAGAGUCUAUAGUUGUGGCCCCGUCUCAAACUCUCACUAAUCAUGAGUACAAUAAGUUACGAACAAUGGCUAUAAAAGUGGUCCGACAUCUGGGAGUUAUAGGAGAGUGUAAUAUUCAAUACGCUUUGAGUCCCGUUUCCGAGAAAUUCUAUAUAAUUGAAGUAAACGCCAGACUUUCUCGAAGUUCUGCGUUGGCAUCAAAAGCCACUGGAUAUCCAUUGGCGUACAUCGCGGCCAAAGUGGCCCUCAAUAUCCCUCUUUCGCAGCUCAUAAAUAGUGUCACCACUGAGACGACCGCCUGCUUUGAGCCGGCCCUCGAUUAUUGUGUCGUUAAGAUUCCCCGUUGGGACUUAGGCAAAUUCACAGGAGUUAGUCAUCAAAUUGGAAGCUCUAUGAAGAGUAUCGGAGAGACUAUGGCAAUCGGUCGUACAUUUGAAGAGGCCUUUCAGAAAGCGUUGCGAAAUGUUGAUGAAUCUGUCAAUGGAUUUGAUCCGUAUCUCAAAAAGCAUAGCAAAGAGGAGUUGGAAUCUCCGACCGAUAAACGCAUCUUCGCUUUGGCGGCGGCGCUGAACGACAACUGGACCGUCAAAGAGCUCUACGAUAUGACUAAAAUUGACUUUUGGUUUCUCUAUAAAUUUAAGAGAAUUAUAGAUCAGUUGAAAGAAUUGGAAAAAUAUGAUUUGGAAACAAAGCCACUGACGCCUGAAAUCCUGCUAAACGCUAAGAGAUUAGGAUUUUCUGAUAAAUUUAUAGCUCAAUGCAUUGGAAGCAGUGAUUUAAUGGUCAGGAAAUUAAGGCUUGAGAAUAACAUAACACCGUAUGUUAAACGUGUGGAUACUGUUGCCGCUGAAUGGCCGGCCACUACUAACUACUUAUACUUAACAUAUAAUGCUUGUGCUAAUGACAUCGACCUCAACAGUGGAGGGGUUAUGGUAUUAGGGAGUGGUGUCUAUCGUAUUGGCUCUUCAGUUGAGUUUGAUUGUUGUGCCGUUGGAUGUGUUCAGGAACUCAAAAAGAUGAACAAAACAACAAUUAUGGUUAACUGCAAUCCAGAGACUGUGAGCACAGACUAUGAUAUGUGCGAUAAAUUAUAUUUCGAAGAAAUUUCUUUUGAGACAGUUAUGGAGAUCUAUAACAUAGAAGCACCGGAAGGAAUAAUCCUAAGUAUGGGCGGACAACUGCCUAAUAAUAUUGCAAUGGAUUUGUUCCGACAAAACGUCAGAAUAUUAGGCACUUCUCCCGAAUCGAUAGAUAACGCGGAAAAUAGGUUCAAAUUUUCGCGAAUACUCGACAAUAUAAAGAUACGACAACCCGUUUGGGAAAACAUCACUGAUAUAGAGAGAGCGAAAAAGUUUUGCCUAAAGAACGGCUAUCCCUGUAUUGUUCGGCCCUCAUAUGUACUGUCGGGUGCGGCCAUGAAUGUGGCGAAUUCGGCCAAAAAUUUAGAAAACUAUUUGAAAGAAGCGACGGCUGUCUGUAAGGAACAUCCGGUCGUAAUCUCAAAGUUCAUAAACGAUGCCAAAGAGAUAGAUGUGGAUGCGGUGGCCCAGGAGGGCUCACUUGUAUGUAUGGCUGUCUCUGAGCACGUAGAGAACGCAGGCGUCCAUUCGGGUGACGCCACUCUCAUGACUCCUCCUCAAGACUUGACAGACAUAACUCUGGCCAACAUUCGCAAGAUAUGUGAAGCCAUCGGCAAAGAGCUGUUAGUGAACGGGCCCUACAAUAUGCAACUCAUUGCCAAAGACGAUGACUUGCAAGUGAUUGAAUGCAAUCUUCGAAUCUCACGAUCCUUUCCAUUCGUGUCGAAGACAUUGGACUGCGAUUUGGUUGCUUUGGCCACACGAGUCAUAAUGGGAGUGACAGUCACCCCCAUUGAUCCCUAUCCGGGAAAGGAGUCGCGCACUGGGUUUUAUAGCUCGACAAGAGUUGGUGUAAAAGUACCGCAAUUCUCGUUCUCUCGACUCAGUGGAGCGGAUGUGACACUCGGGGUAGAGAUGGCCAGCACUGGAGAGGUGGCCUGUUUUGGAGAGAACCGAUGGGAAGCAUAUCUCAAAGCAAUGCUUUCUACAGGUUUUCGAAUUCCUAUUAAAAAGAGAGCAUUGCUUUCCAUAGGACAGCACCGGCAGAAAGUAGAGCUUUUGCCCAGUAUUAGGACAUUAGCUAAAAUGGGAUUCCGAUUGUUCGGUAGUUUAGGAACCGCUGACUUCUAUAAUGGAGAGGGUAUUGAUGUGGAAGCCGUUGAGUGGCCUUUCGAUGACGAGGACAAAGUGUGUCGAUUCAAAGAUAUCGCCCAAUACUUGUCGACUAAAGAGUUUGAUUUAGUGAUAAAUUUGCCGAUGAGAAGCACUGGUGCCCGAAGAGUGUCGACAAUCGGUUAUUACGCGCGAAGAUUUGCAGUCGACUAUUCAGUUCCCUUAAUAUCAGACGUCAAAUGCACUAAACUAUUGGUUGAGGCGUUGAGACUAAUUGAUGGCAAACCUGCAGUGAAGACACACAUUGAUUGUUUGACCGCUAGAAAGAUAAUAAGACUGCCGGGGCUUAUAGACAUACACGUCCACCUCAGAGAACCAGGUGAUAGUCAUAAAGAGGACUGGCAAAGUGGAACAGGAGCUGCACUGGCCGGUGGAUUCACUUUGAUUGGAGUCAUGCCAAAUACAAAGCCUCCGAUCACUAAUUCAGACAAUUAUGGUCUGGUGUCCAAACUGGCGACUGCUGGCGCUAAAUGCGAUUAUGCAUUGUAUUUGGCGGCCACGGCUGACAACUCUAAAAUUGUGUCCAAAAUGGCUCAAAACAAUCGAGUCUUAUCUUUAAAGAUGUAUUUAAAUAACACUUUCGGAGACCUAUGUCUGCCUGAUAUGACUGAUUGGAUGAAACAUUUGCAAAACUGGCCAAAAAAUAUUCCUAUUUGUGUUCACGCGGAGAGACAGACAACCGCUGCCAUCAUAUCUUUGGCACAUCUCUACGACCAACCCAUUCAUAUCUGUCACGUCGCCCGAGAAGAAGAGAUUCUUGUGAUUAAAGCUGCAAAAGAGAAGGGCAUGAAAGUGACGUGUGAAGUAUCACCACAUCAUCUGUUCCUUUCUGAAGAGAACAUUGAAAGUAUUGGUGGUCUGCAGAGGAGUACUGUUAAGCCUUCUUUAGUGUCGCUCAAGGAUCAGAAAGCCUUAUGGGAUAACAUGGAUGUAAUCGAUGUGUUCGCGUCAGAUCACGCCCCACAUCUGGUCUCUGAGAAGGACGGGUCCGACUCUCCGCCCGGCUUUCCGGGACUGGAGACAACUCUUCCUCUUUUGCUAACUGCUGUCAAAGAAAACAGAUUAACGAUCAAUGAUCUGAUUAAAAGGAUGUAUUUGAAUCCAAAGCGAAUAUUCAAUAUUCCGGACCAAAAGAAUACAUACAUUGAAGUGGAUUUGGAUGAGGAGUGGGUAAUACCAGAAGCGAUGCCCUUCUCGAAGGCCCGUUGGACUCCAUUUAAUGGUAAAAAAGUGUUCGGAAGAGUUCGUAGAGUUGUGUUGAGGAAUGAAGUGGUCUUUGUUGACGGACGGGUGUUAGUGUCCGCUGGAUUUGGACGCAAUAUAUUCCAUACGGAACUGUCUUCAGCUCAGACGUCAACUGAAAAUACAAUUGGUUUUGAUUUAUUGGACAGUAAUAUAAGUGAAGAGAAAACACUCGAAGGAAACGAUCGACGAAUACAACAGACAACAGAACUUUAUUCAGAAAUGUUUAAAGAACUUGGAAUUCCAUCUCAAAGUCAACUCAAACCACUUUCAGUGGUGCUCAGCAGCCCCUCUACUAUCAAAUUGACGGCUGCCUUAUCUCCAGUUCCCAUUUCUAGCGGUCAUCACAGUCUUUACGGUCAACACAUAUUAUCAGUCGAAGACUUCAAUCGGGAACAGUUGCACGAGUUAUUCAAUUUGGCUCAUAAAAUGAGAUUAUGUGUCGUCAAUGACAGACCUCUGGAGAGAGACAACAAUCAGAUCAUUCAUCUGAACGACAUAUUGAAGGGCAAAGUGAUGGCUUCGAUCUUCUAUGAGGUCAGCACAAGAACGAGCUGUUCAUUUGCAGCAGCGAUGCAACGAUUGGGCGGUUCUGUCAUAUAUCUCAACGAAGAAUUCUCUUCUGUUAAAAAAGGCGAAUCUCUUGAAGACUCAGUUUACGUGUUAUCCAAUUACAGUGAUGUUGUUGUGCUGAGACAUCCUGAAAAGGGAGCCGUCUAUAGAGUGGCCAACUCUAGGAAGUGGACCAAAUCUAUUAUAAAUGCUGGCGAUGGAGUUGGAGAGCACCCGACACAAGCACUGCUCGAUGUGUUCACUAUAAGAGAAGUGAUCGGAACUGUUAACAACUUAGUGAUAACACUUGUAGGAGAUCUGGCUAACGGGCGAACUGUGCACUCAUUGGCGCGUUUACUGACCCAUUACAGCAAUAUAUCGCUUCAAUUCGUAUCUCCAGUUCAGCUCCGAAUGCCUCAAGAAGUUAAGGAAUACUUAAGGAAGAGAGGCAUUGGAUUCCAAGAGAUGACGUCUUUGGUGGAGGCCUUACCCGAUACGGAUGUGCUGUAUAUGACACGUAUUCAAAAGGAGAGAUUUGUGAGCGAACAGGAAUACCGGGCCUGUUGUGACCACUACAUAGUCACCCCUCAGCUCAUGACAAAAGCUAAGCCUAAGAUGAUUGUUAUGCAUCCAUUACCACGAGUUAAUGAAAUACAACCUGACUUUGAUUCAGACAAAAGGGCCGCAUAUUUCACUCAAGCAGAAAACGGAAUGUACGUCAGAAUGGCUCUAUUGGCUAAAAUCUUUGGCAAAUGUUAAACAAAUUUACAAUUUAUUGAUUGCAUAAUUUUUUUUAUUACUUUUCAAAAAUAAUGAUAUUCUAUAUCACAGUAUUGAUUGCUACAAAAGUAUAACAAUAUUAUUCUUUACCCUAUUUAACCAAUUGUUCAUUGUUUGCGAGACUAGAAGUCGUGCC